GACACGAUUUUCGACUUGCUAAAAAAUAAAGCUUAAAAAUUCAUCAAAAAAAGUGUUGUUUAUAAAAGAAAGAUAAAACAAGAAAAUACCCAAAAAUUAUAAACAGGCCGAAAAAUUUAAAUAUUAUCAAAAAAGUGGAUAAAAAUCAUAAAUCAACAUAAAAUUUGCCAAUAAAAUAAAUAUUAAAGAAAAAUAUUUAUUUAAAAAAGUUGAAUUAAUAGCAAAAUAUAUAAAAAUAAAAAAAUAAUAUAUUAAAAGUGUAUUAAACUAUUCGUUAUUUAAAAAAAAAUAUUAAUUUAUUAAAAAAAAAUAUUUGUGUAAAAAUAUUAGAAUUACCGCAUCAAAAAUGAAAUUACUUCAUCACAAACCGCUACUCAUCACUGUUGUAGGAUUAAUUACCGUGUUAUGCUUUAAUAGUGCAUUGUGUGAUAUUUUCGAUAAAAAUGAAAAUUUCGAAGAAUUUAGUGAUAAUUUUAUAAGUAGUGAAGACGAAAUAAUCGAAAAUUACGAUGAAAACGUGAAUCAUGUGAAUCGCCACAGACACAAAUCCAAACAGAACCAUUUGCACAACAGAUCAACGGAAAAUUUCCUGCUCACGGAUUACUUGAUGGAUGGCGAGAUGGAACGCAGGAUCAGUUUCAAUGGCUUGACAGCAAAAGAGACGAGUUUAGGAAAUAAUAGUAAAUCAAUCAGUUUAUGGCAGUUAUCGGAUGGCAAGGCGUUUCUCCAAGUAAUUUUCACAUCGGAACAUCAACUGAUCGAUUGCGAAUACGUUCGUCAACGGGACUUGGUGAAACAUUUUCUCCAAAAAUUCUAUCAAGAAGUGUCUCAAUCGAAAGCGCACAAUUUCUCGACUUCUUACUUGAACAACAUUCCGCAUCGCCAUCAUCAUCCCCAUCUCUCCGAUCACGAAUUCCGUCAAUUUAUCGAUAACGGAGUUUUGGCAUCAGAACUUGAGGAUUUCGCAAGUAACGGCCUGACUGACGAGAAAUUCGAGGACGAAGCGCGAGAAUAUGGCUUGAGAAAUGCCGUUUAUAAAAAAUUAAAUGACGAAAAUGACUUACCUGAAGAACUCCGAAGAUGGAUGGAUGUUCGUGCGUUACGAGUCAUGUGCAACAAACGUCAUCGACAAAUGAAGCAACUUGCUGCGGCGAUAAAUGGCGACAACGAGAGUGAACGUACGGAGGCGGAAGAACAUUUAAACCGGCAAAAACGAGCAUUGGCAGAUUGGUUUUUGGCUCCGAACACGCAAUGGUGCGGCAGGGGGAAUCGAGCCGAAAAAUACACGCAUUUGGGCGGGAAUCGCGCCGAUGCUUGUUGUCGGAAACACGAUCACUGUAAAUUUAUUAUAAAGGGCAUGACGACAAAAUGGAAUUUAUUCAAUUAUCGUCCCUACACGAUAAGUCACUGCAGUUGCGAUAUCAGCAAAAAACGAGAUUUAUCGAGUAUGUUACGCAUUCCGGGCACAAAAUGGUGCGGCGCUGGCUGGAGUGCGACAAAAUAUGCGCAUUUAGGCGGCUUAUCGAGAGCGGAUCGGUGUUGCCGAAAGCACGACACAACGUGCCCUUACUGGAUUUUGGGCUUCGAAACGAAAUACGGACUGUUUAAUUGGCGCGUGGGCACUCUCAUGCACUGCAGUUGCGACGAAAGAUUCCGAACUUGUCUCAAAAUGGCAGAUUCCGCCGAUGCAAAUAUGGUAGGCAGAGUUUUUUUCAAUGUCCUGCAAACGAAAUGCUUCGUCCUGAAACCCGAAAAAAUCUGCAAAGAACGCUCUUGGUGGGGUCAAUGCACGAAAAAGGGAAUGCGGAAACGUGCUCACAUCCGAGACAAUAGAAAAUUUUAAAAAAAUUAUGAAAAAUAAAUCAACAAAAAUACAAGAAGUUUCCUAUUAAUCUUAGAUAACGUUAACGAAAUUUUCCAAUUUAUUUAUUAAAAAAAAAAUAAUUAAUUAAUGUUGGUCACUUUUAGUGUGUAAUUAAUGUAAAUAAUUAAAAAUAUUUAUAGCAAAGUAGAUUACAAUGUCUCUCCAAGACGAGACAGCAUUUAAUAAAUACGAAGAGAUUUUGUAGUAAGAUGCCAAAGAAAAAAAAAUAUUUAUUUUGAAAAUCUUCCAUAAUUACUGAAAAUUGUAAGAUACAAAAAAAAAUUGUAACUAAAAUCAAAUACUACUUAAAGAUAGUGAUAUUAAAGAUAAAAAAUGUUAGAUUAUUAAGAAUUUACACGUGCGAAAAGAUUUUUCAACGUAAAAUUAGUUGAACGCUAAUUUGUAAAUAUUUAUUACUAAAUAGAAGAAAAUUAAUGUUAAGGA